AUGCCAGCUGGUGCCACACGAAAAGCGCGCAGAGCGCAGGAGGGGAAAACAUUACCACCCGGUCAUUAUGUGGAUGCUUCGUCUACGCCGCAAAGCUCGACACAUGACAUAGGAGGGGCGAGCAAGCUAGUAAUUGCGCAAAGCGACUCACAAGUCAGCAUCGAGCCGGAGAGCGGCACCUCGACCGAGACGACGCCUGCCGUCAAGCCUCUCAAGAAGAAAGCGAUCAAGGCGAUGUUGGCCAAGGGUAUUGCACCGCCAGACAUGCCUAGCGCUUCGAUUUCGACCGCAAAGGUCGCUAAAGCCGUCAGAUUGGAUUCUAGUGACCAAGGGGCGGAAAGCAAGAAGGGUGGGAAGAGGAAGCGUGGUGAAGAUGGAGCAGAGAAUGAGGAGAAUGACGCGGGAGGCGAAGACAAAGCAGCCAAAUCUGAAGCGAAGAGGUACAUCGUCUUUGUCGGUGAGUAGCGGUACGAGCAACACGAUAUGAAUCGAUUGGCAUGGCAGGAAGAUCAACGACCAAUUCCGGCGUGGUGCUAGACAUGCGCCAAGGAACGCCUGCAGAGCUUUGUAUGCUGAAUGAUGAUUGUAUGCGUGCAAUUCCUUCCUCUUCGUCCCGCACUUCCAUUCCAGGCAACAUGUCAUUCACAUCGACCGCCUCGUCUCUAGCAUCGCACUUCAAGACGCACUGUCACGAAGAGCCCAAAGUGCGUCUACUGACGACCAAGUACGACACUAGUGCCGCUCUGAAGCUAUCCAAGUCGAAGCAGAAAUCCAUCUCGAAGGGCAAAGCAUUGGAUCCUGGCGCUAGCAAGUCCAAAGGAUGCGCCUUUGUGGAGUUUGAAAACACUAGCGCUUUACAAAAGGCUUUGCAAUUCCAUCAUACGCUGUUCGAAGGUCGAUUGAUCAAUGUAGAAUUGACCGCGGGUGGGGGAGGCGCUGGAACGAAGAGGGAGGAGAAGAUCAAGGCGAAGAAUCAGGCCUUGGAAAAGGAACGGGUGAGUGUUGCGGCACGACAGUCCCCGCGGUGGGUCGAGCCGAGCCCUCGCAUGACAUUCGCAAUCAAGUCUCCUUCACUCCGCAACUGACUCCCUUUUCCCAUUCCCCGGCAAAAUUGACAGCAAAAACUGCACGAAAAGUACGUCGCGCCGAAAUCAGAAUCGAAAAAAGCUGCAGGUGGAGACUCGACAGUGUCCGAAAGACCGCCCAAACGUGCCAAGCCCGAGGAUGAUAAUCCUACGUCGGGCGAAGGCGCAGCGCAAUGGGGUUCGCGAGCAAAGGGCGGUGCAUCGGAGGAAAGACAGAAAAGAGGUGGAAGGAGAGGAAAGAAUGCUCAGGCGAAUGCGGGAGGGGAUAAGGGCAAGGGCCCAGGGAAGAGUAAACCUCCUCGAUGGGCUGUUACGGGUGCUAAUGCUCUCAAAUUGCAAGGUUGA